AUGAGUAGCGGUAGCGGUAAUAACUCUCUGGAGGAGAGACUCCGAGCCAAUUCUAGUGCAUUUGAUGGGUUGCUAUCUUUGAUUCCUGCCAAGUAUUACUAUGAUGAAAAGACAAAAGAUCAAUGGAAGGCAAAGAAGAAAUCUAAGGAACAAGUUAAAUUGGAUAAAGUCAAGAAAUUGGAUCCUGAAGUACAGGACCAAGAGCUGAAUGGGAGUGCUUUGGAUGUCAUGAAGAAGAGGGAAGUCAACGCUGUCCCUGUCGUUUUACCUGGUGAAAAAUUUAAGAAAUUCCAACAGCAAAAGAAAAAUGCUGCAGAAAAAGAGGAAGAACUUGAGGAGGAAGACGAAGAGGAGGAAAGUAUUAAAGUUGUCUUUGAUGAUGAGGGGAAUGAGAUGCCAAUAAGUGAUGAAAUUUCAAAUGCAGAGGAAGAAGAUGAAGAAGAAUCAAGCGUGGAUGAACCAAAAUUGGAAACUAAAGAAAAGACCAACUUGGAAGAUGAACAGGAAAAGAUUGAAAAGCAAAAGAAACUAGAUGCACUACGUGAAAAAUUACAACAAAAAAUCCAAACUCUAAAACAGAAGAGAAAGGCACCUGGUACUAAUGUUAGCGGUGCUCCAAGUUCAAGAGAAGCUAUCCUAGCACAGAGAAAACGUAAGGAGGACAAUAAGAAAAAGAGAAAGUUGCAAGAGGAGGAAGAAGAAGAAAUGGAAAGCGAUUCAGAUGAUAGCGAUGCUGAUGAAGAUAGUGAUAUCGAGGAAAAUACAAAUAUGUCAAAGAAACGUAAGAAGAAUUCUGAUAUUUCUACAAAAGAUAUAAUGUUUCAAAACAUUAUUUUUGACGAUGGUGAUAGAGUCACUUCAGAUUUACAACGUCUAAGGAAAAAUGCUAAUAAUAAUAAUAAGAAAAAGGGACCUUCCAAAAAUGACGUUAAAUCACACCUUAAAUUAUUAGAAACUAAAAAGGCCAAAAUUGAAAAUAAAGAUGAACUAGAACAGAUCAAAUUAAAGGAAAAGGAGAAAUGGCAAAAGGCAAUGUUACAAGCAGAAGGUAUUAAACUGAAAGAUAAUGAAAAACUAUUACGUAAAGCUUUGAAAAGGAAAGAAACUCAAAAGAGGAAGUCCGCUGUGGAAUGGAAAGAACGUGAAAGAGUAGUCGCAGAUACUAAGGUGGAAAGAGCAAAGAGAAGAGAAGAAAAUUUACAAAUUAGAAAGGAUAACAAGGGUAAAAAGAGAAAUAAACAACAAAAGAUGAAGAGAAAAUAUACAGGAACAGUUGGACCAAAGAAGAAAAGAGCUGGCUUUGAAGGUCGCUUGAAGAGUGGCAAAAAGAGUUAA